AUGCUCUUUUCAAUUCCGCUGCUCCUGCUGCCAAUCCUGGCGGCAAAUGCACACAACGGUGUCGAGCUCACCGGCUCACCCGAGGUGGUGAUCAAAGAGGCGACCGCCUAUCCCUUCAUUGUGGCAAUCACCCAGAAGAAUGAGAGCCAGCCAUGGCAGCAAGACUAUAAGUGCGAUGGGUCGAUCGUCGACAAGGAUUGGGUGGUGGUGCCGGUGACUUGUGUGCCAGAUAGCGUCGACAUCAGCACUUUGGUGGUCACUGCCGGAACCUCCGAAAUUCGCACCACUUCUGAACUUAAGCAAGUCCGAGCAGUCGUCAAGAAGCGCACCCAUGUUGUGGCGUUCGCCUUGCUACGGCUGAAAGAACCGAUCGAUUUUGGGUAUAGUGCCCGGCCAGUGGUUGUGCCGAAAAACUCGGAAAAGCUGAAGAACCCUUCUACCCGGAUGAAGUUGCUCGGACGUAGCCAAGGUGGUGGAAACGAGCUACUCUACAUGACAGAGUUCACCCAGCAGGCAGCUCUCGAUUCCUGCGACAAGGCAGCUUAUGGGCACAUUUAUUAUCAACCUUGCGGCGUGCCCGCAAACUUCUCCGGCCGUACUUGUCCGGGCGGCGGCCCUCUAAUGUUUCCAUUGCUCGAUGGGCGCAACCAGAUUGUAUGGGUCCAGAUUGGGAUGAUCGGCAGCAGGGUACAGUGUGACGUCGCCAAGGGAGCGUCACUGCUAAACCUCACUGAUGCCUGCGAUUGGAUGGAGCAGAUCGUCGAACAUCCUGUGUGCCGUGACGUCAUGCUGGUGUCAAACUACGGCGUAAAUGCCGAAAUUCCGGCCGAGCAGCUCGUCAACGACAUCAAGGACUACCCCUAUAUGGUGGCAAUUAUGGAGAAGAAGGAGGGAGAACCAUGGCCACAAAUCCACAACUGUAGUGGCACGAUCAUCGACAAGAAUUGGGUGUUGACUUCACUUGAAUGCGUCGCAGAAGUUGACCUCACCAAGUUGGUGGUCAUCGCCGGCGUUGCUGAGCUGAGAACAGCUUCACUUCUCAAGCAAACGCGUGAGGUGACCGAGAAGCGCAGCCCUCCCAAGAUCCCGAGUAUUGGCGGAUGGCUCACGAGAACUCCCGAGAUCGCGCUGCUUCGGCUGAACGAGCCACUCAGCUUCGGGGACAGCGUGCAGCCAGUGUUCCUCGCCAUGGACGCACACAAAUUCGCGCAGGACAAAAAGCGCCUGACUGCGCUGGGCUGGGGUCAGCCUGGGAGCGAUCCAAAGGAGCGCCUGCGAGCCAUUUUCGUGAAUGGGGAAUCGGGAUGCGAAAGCCUUACUGAAUUGUCGCCCGGUUACUUCUGCGCCGUGCCGACCAGUUUCCCCGGGAUAUGUCAGGGCGAUGUCGGAGGCCCGUUGAUGCACCCCGAACCCAUGCAGAUAAAAGUCCUCGCCGGUUUCACCGAAAUCAAGACGAAAUCAUCAGUUCGACAAGAAGUCAACGUCGACCACUUUGUCUUCCAUAAACAAUAUAGCCACGUUUCGAUCAGCCCGGAGCAGCCGUUUCGCAAGGCCGAUAUUGCGCUCUUGAGGUUAACAACACCACUAAAACUGAUCCGAGACUCUGCCCGCCCUAACGAGCUGAAGUCGACGUACAUCACCAUGUACUCACCGCAGGGAUGCUUGGCAUGGAUCGUGCCGCGCUCGGUUGGCGAACUGAUCGUCUGCGGGGAAGCACGGGGGACUGGGCCAUGUUUGGGCGAUUCCGGGGGCCCGCUUGUCGUGCCCUGGACCACCAAGCGGGGCGAGAAAUUGUGGAUUCAAAACGGAAUCAUCAGCAGCGGUGAUAGUGACUGUAAAUAUGUGGAGAAUAGAGGUGUUUUCAUCAGUACCAGCUAUUACUGUAGCUGGAUCGAGACGGCUUCAAAAAGUACUGUAUGCCGGGACUUGGAUCGCCUA